UUGAGACGUUACUGCUCUUACAGCUAAAUAACAUCGUCAUUCGCGGAGACGCCUCCUCAGUGUACCGCGGUAACGAAUAUAGCGAGCAUCGCGUCCUCACAUAAACGCGAACGUGGAGAAAACGUAAGAAUUAGAGGAAGAACAAGCGUUUUCGAAUUCGAAUCGAGAAAAAUGGAGUUUUUAUCGUUGGCUCUCGUCCUCGCCGCGAUCUCGAUUAUCGCCUAUUAUUACUGCUUCGUCAGGAAGAAUUUCAAUCUGUUCCAAGAGCACGGUAUACUUCACGUCCCGCCGUCCCCUCUGGUCGGUAAUUUUGGCCCGUUGAUCAGAGGGAAGGAGAACGUGCACGACACGAUUCAAAGGAUAUACAACAUCCAUCCUGACGCCAAGUACGUAGGUAUAUUCGAGUUCCUCACUCCGGUGAUAAUGAUACGAGACCUGGACCUGAUCAAGAGCAUCACGAUGAAGAAUUUCGACCAAUUCCCCGAUCACCGCCCCAUGUUCUGCAAGAGCGUGGACCCGAUGCUCGGCGAGAUGUUGUUCAUCAUGGACGGCGAACGAUGGAAGGAGCACAGGAACAUGCUUUCGCCCACCUUCACCUCGAGCAAGAUCAAAACCAUGUUCGUCCAUAUGUCGGAGUGCGCCAAGAGAUUCGCCCAUCACCUGUCCAAACUGCCCGAGAAGGACAGGGAGACGGAGAUGAAGGCGUUGCUCACCAGAUACACCAACGACGUGAUCGCUGCUUGCAUCUACGGGGUGAACGUGGACUCGAUAAAGGAGCCCAGGAACGUGUUCUACAUGUACGGCAGAGUGGGCGCCACUCUGAUAGGGUUGAAGAAGAAUUUGAAGAUAAUGGUGCACAGGAACAUGCCUUGGCUGGCCAACUUGCUCAGGCUCAACAUAUUGGAGAGGCACAUAGCCAAGUUCUUCACCGACCUCGUGGUGGAGACGGUCGAGGAGAGGGAACGGAAUGGCACGACCAACUCGGAUCUGAUCCAACUGAUGAUGGAUACGAGGAACAAGAAGGAAUCGGGUAAGAAGAAUCUGACCGUUCAGAACAUGGCCAAUCACGCCUUCAGCUUCUUCUUCGGCGGUUUCGACACCGUCUCUUCCCAAACGUGCGUGCUUCUUCACAUGCUCGUCGAGAAUCCCGAGGUCCAGCAGAGAUUGCAACAAGAGAUCGACGAGACGUUGGAGAGCAACAACGGCCAAUUGUCGUACGACGUUAUACAAGAGAUGAGAUAUUUGGACGCGGUGAUCAACGAGAUUCUAAGGCUCCAUCCGAUCGCUGUCUUCAUAGACAGAAUGUGCGUCAAGAGUUUCGAGCUGCCCCCCGCGUUGCCCGGCGACGUGCCUUUCACCGUCAAGCCGGGAAUGAACGUGUGGAUCCCCGUCAAAGCGAUCCAUCACGAUCCCAGGUACUACGACGAGCCCGAGAAGUUCAAACCGGAGAGAUUUCUUGACAACGGCAAGAACAUUAUCGGGUCGGGCGCGUAUUUUCCAUUCGGGAUCGGGCCCAGGAUAUGCAUAGGGAACAGAUUCGCGUUGAUAGAGAUGAAGGUCCUGGUCUGCCAUAUUCUUGCCGUUUGCGACAUAAAGGCUGGAGCGAGGACAGGAAUCCCGUUGGAAUUCGAGAAAGGAGUGUUCAACGCGACAGCGAAAACUGGUUUUUGGCUCAAGAUCGAGCCUAGGAAGUAUUCCUACCACUCUGGUCAAAUUAACGGGUUGGUUAACAACCAUGUUAUUAACGGCGCGUGUAAAACGGGCAUUUGAAAUAGGAUGAUAUUCAAUUGUUUGAAUCGGGAGUUUUAAAUUUUAAGCGUGCAAGAAUUACACAUCGUGAUGAUUCGAUCAAUUGUGAAAAUUUCAAUAUUUUGCUUCUUGUUAUUUUUUAUUUUUUUUUAUCGUUUACUUGAUUUUCUCACGGAUAAAAUAAGAAAGAAGAAACACUCUCGUGUUCAUACGGAUUACUCGAUUCAUUCUUCCAUUAUUCAUUAUAAUAGAUCAGAUAAAAAAGAAGUGUUAUUACAUAUUUAAUUACAUAUUUUUUUACAUAUUUAAGUAGCUUGAAUCGAAAUUGUACUUUUAAAUUGGAAAAAAAAAACAAUAAAUACGAUCAUUGCUGAUAAUUAAGGAAAAUUUUUUACACGUUGAAAA